AUGUUUCUUCAACGAGCUUGUAAUACAAUGAGGAUUGGCUUACUAAGAAGAGCCAUGAGUACUGGGAGAAGGCCAGAAACUCCCGAAAGACUGGUGAGAUCUUGUCGUAGUUCCUAAAAUUGUUGAAUGCUCUUCACGCGUCUGAACCUCUGGCAAGAAUUGCAGGAUUGUAUUAGCUUCGUAAAUGACUGAAUGAUGAUUGAAAUAGAUGUUUACUAUUGCUACCUAUCAUGUUUUACACUGAUUACCGUAAUGAGAAGUGUUGUAAAAUGUUUUAUGUGGUCAGACUACACACAACAUGCCAUAUCAUCGUUAACUUUCAGAUGGGCAAUAUUAUAUAACCUUGAUAAGAUCGCAAAUUGUGAUCGAGCUAUCGAUGUCGACGUUCGUUUAAAAAUGAGACCGGAUAAUUUUUCAUUUCGUGUUUAAUGAAAGGAAAACUACUAUUUAAAGCUUCAAGCCAGUUUUGACCCUACUGAGGUCAAAGCGUAGAGUCCUUGGGUCUCAAACUGUCUUUGUCUAUCGUGUUGUAUUCAUUGGAACUUCCAACAUGCGAAGACAGACAGAGAAAAAUUAAAAUGCUUUUAACAACAACUAUCAUUCAAGGACAACUUUCAAAUAUAGGUCACUACUCCUCUUUUGUAAUUAACUUAUUAGGAAUUCUUCAGGGGAACCAUACCUUGAACAAACGCCAUACAGCAGUGACACAUGAAAUUCUUUAUGUAGACACCAAUACCACCCUUAAAAUUGUGUUUGAAGUUCAUACCAGCUCACUUGGUGCCCAAUGUAAAGCUAUGCAAAGUGGGACUUGUUGUAGCAGUGUAAAUUUUAAGAUAGAAUCAACACAUGUAUUUUGUCACAUGGUGACACUUCUUUUCUCAACAGACUCCUGUUCAACAUGUUGCAGCCUUUUCUGCAUUUUUCUUUGGAAUCCUGGGCCCUGGAAUUUAUCUGA